CCCUGAAUGCGCCGAAGCCGCGCGAGACCGAGAGCGAACGAGAGGGAACGAGCAGGCCACGGCCCACGGCCCACGGCCCACGGGGAGCUUUGACGCCCCGAGAUCCGGUCGGUCGCUGUGGUGCGCCAUGUGGCCGCUGCCAGAAUUCAAAUCCCCUAGCCGCUUAUCCCAAUCCGGUACUGUAAGUUUCCUGAGAUAGCUGAGCCAUCUCUUGUUCGUCAUUGAUUUGAGAGGCUGGGAUCCCAGAUUCAGCAUGGAUAUUUGUCAACGCGACAACGAUAUAAACUGCCCUCUGUCCCGUCGUUAUCAUGGCCAGGCUCAUCAAGUUCCCAGUAGCAUCUGCUUUCAACAACAUCAAGACUCAUAGCAACAAGUCACCUCAGAGAUUUCUUCACAACAGUCGGACAUUAAAACUCACCUCUCGCACUCACAAUCCGCCGCAUCACAGGUCCCCACCACUCACGGCAUCUUUUUUCCCUCUUUCCGCCUCAAGUCGCAUGGCGGCUCUUGCCAUCGGAGCUAUUAUCCUUGUUGGUGCAUCAAUCGUCAAGGCAACAAAAAAGUCGAGAAACGCCGAAUUGAGAAACACUGAGUCGGCUUUGACUCGUAGUACAUCAACCACGACCACACUCGUCGGCAAUACACAAGACAUCAAGAUGGCGGAGAAGCAAAUUCCCAAGAACGCCGACGACGUCAUCUCGAUCCGCAACGUGACUGAGAGCGGCAAUGUCGUAACACUUUCCGUUCCGUUCUUGCGGUUCGGGAGCAUCCCGAUUGGUGGCCGAGCAACUAUAGUGCGACUUACAUCCGGUGCACUGGCUGUGUUCUCGCCGGUGGAUCUGACUCCCAAGGUGGAGGCGAAGCUUGCCGAGAUGGGCGGCAACGUCAAGUAUCUGAUUGCGCCCGAUAUUGAACACCACAUCUUCCUGUCCAAAUGGGCGAAUGCGUACCCGCAGGCGAUCCUGAUCGGGCCCGAGGGGCUGCCGGAGAAGCGCGAGAAGAUGACCGAGGAUUAUAUUGGCCAUGAGCCAUUCGGCGUCGUAUUCAAGGCUAGCACAAAGGCCGAGACAACCAUCAGCGAGGAGUUUGACCUCGACUUCUCAUACGAGUUCGUCGACGCACACGCCACCAAGGAGCUUGCCUUCCUCUACAAGCCCGAGAAGGUGCUGAUCGAGGCCGACCUCAUAUUCAACCUUCCGGCCAUUGAGCAGUACGAGAACGUGCUCCCUGCCGACAAGCCGAAGCCGGGCGUCCUCGCUCGCUUCUUCAUGAGGGUCCAGAGCACCGAGGGCGAGGCCAAGGGCAUGAAGAGGCUGAUCUGGCACGCCAUCAGCCGUGGCAACCGCACCGGCUUCAACGAGAGCAUAGCUCGCAUCAAUGCUUGGGACUUUGACACCAUCGUCCCUUGCCACGGUGAGACUAUCAAGGGCAACGGCAAGGAGGUCUUUCAGAAGGUCUUUGACUGGCACAUCAACGGAAAGAAGUGAAGGGAGAGUUAUCUGGGCUGAGCUGAGAAGCUGAAAAGGUUGUGGUCUGCAUCGUGUUCAUUUGCUGUUUCUGUUUUUUUGUCGAGGACCUGCCUGCCUGAUACCUGUGCGCGAAAUUGGAAUGGGGAGAGCAAGGCAUUCUUUGGGAUACCAAUACCACGUAGAGGCGUUUUGUGCUUUGUUAGAUUUCUUGAUACUGUCGAAUUGCAAAGUUAAUAAUUAUUUUUAAA